CGCGUGGUUACCUAGUAACCGCAGUAACAAUCGAUCUUGGAGGGCCAGCUCACUUAUGAACGUAAAUUAAGUUAAGGUGUUUACGUCAAACAAUGAAUAAAGAACUAGAUGAAGAGACAUUGCAAGAUCUGUAUGCUUGGAUUGACAAAAUACCACUUUCCAGACCAAAACGGAAUAUAACAAGGGACUUCAGUGACGGAGUGAUGGCAGCUGAGGUGGUGAAGUUUUAUUUUCCAAAACUCGUGGAGCUGCAUAACUACACUCCUGCCAACUCGACCCACCAGAAGCUGAACAACUGGGGCACUCUGAACAGGAAGGUCUUCGCAAAGUUGAACUUCCAUGUUCCAGAAGACACCAUAAAGAAAAUAUCACUAUGCACAGCUGGGCUUAUUGAGUCUGUUCUCUGCACAUUGAGAGAGAAGAUUGAAGACAAGCGGCUGGGAGCUCUCGAAGAGAGAGGGCCACAGGACUUGGAGUACUACAGCACCACAAAUGAAAAAUCAAAAACAGAUCACCUCCGUAUCCCAGCGGCACCCUCUCACGUGAAGCCGGGUCCCGGGCCGAGGAAAGACGACAACAGACUUGUGCAGAAAACCAGGGCCCAGCCCACCACGGUGACCACCUCCCACAUGGACCCCACGUUCCGCCUUCUGAUGGAGGAGAAGGAGCAGGCCCUCUUAGCCCUGAAGGAGACAGUGGAGAUCUUGCAGAUCAAAGUGAACAGGCUUGAGCACCUGGUUCAGCUGAAAGACCUGCGCAUUGAGGAUUUAACCCGACAUGUAGAGCGGUACAGGACCCGGGCUAACAUGGCAUGAGUUCCAGUCCCAGCUACAGGUGGAUGCUGGGCGCUAGGUUACCACCCAGCUGUGGGAGGAUGCUGGGUGCUAAGUUACCACCCAGCUGUGGGAGGAUGCUGGGUGCUAAGUUACCACCCAGCUGUGGGAGGAUGCUGGGUGCUAGGUUACCACCCAUCUGCAGAAUGAUGCUGAGCGCUAGGUUACCACCCAGCUGUGGAAGGAUGCUGGGUGCUAGGUUACCGUUCGGCUGUCACUGUGUCUCUAAAAGAGUGAGUUAACGGCUUUAUAGGAUUGUGUUAUAUUUCUCUAUAUAUUGCUUGUUUUUUGAGACGUAUGCUAACGUUACAUAUGACUACAAUGGAACUGUUACUACCCAGGGCACUUUUAAAAAAAGAUUCAAUCAUGACACUAUCCCCAGUUAAAGGAGAAAUAUAAUGGUUUUCAGGUUUGCAUUUCCAAAUGUAUCCUGUUUAGUGAGCCGGCUGGAUGUCUAAAGUGUGUGAUAUUCUGUCUGGCCUAGUUUGCAGUGAGGUAAUAUUGCUGUGCUGUGAGUUGAGAAGCCGGAGUUUGCUUCCCACAUCUGACAAGCAGAGUCAUCACCUGCCCAAAAAGCACUGUCAACACGACACCUUCCUGUUAGAGGUGAAUGACAAACCAACUGUUAUGAAGAAAAAAAAGAAGCAUUCUUGUUGUGCCUGACACCAGUUUCAUAAGACUGGAUAAAACGGAAUUUCAAACAAGCAAGACACAAAGUGAACGGGUUGCUUGGUGGCUUAUCCUGUUAAGGCCAUGUUCCAAUGCAAUAUAUUAAUAUAUUGCAAUAAUAUAGAAAUAUAUUAGUGUGCUCAUAUUCAAAUUAUAUUGUAUAUAAAUGCUAAUGCUGUUGAUUACUGAAGUAAAUACGAAUUGUAGAAAUCCAAAUGCUAUGAGUGCCUGAGCAGCCUCUCAUGCUUCUCAGCCUCUCAUUUCUCAUAUAUAUAUAUUUUUUUUUUAAAACAAAAUUCUGGAAGUGGUCCAUCCCUAAUUUACUCAGUUGAAUAUGGCCGCAUUGUGACAUGUAAAAGUUUUGGGGUGGUUUUAAUUGCUCAUUAGUUUUCAGCUAUUUCAAUAGUUGAUUUCAAUAGUUCAAUAGUUCCCCUUUAAGGGAACUGUAUGCCUUCACGAAAUCAAAGAAUCAAGUGGUUAAGACUAAAGCUAAUCGAUGUCAUAGACAAUUACAUUGCUUUUCAUAAAAGAUAAAAUUUUUACUAGUGUUUUUACUACAAGUAGGCUUUUUUAUUCAGUCUUCUGGUCCAAUAAAGUAUAUUCUUCAGUGAGACUGAAGACAUGAUUAUGUACACUGUAAUAUUUAUGUACUGUGUGAACAGCGCUUGUACAAGCAAGUCCUUUGUGACCUUUUGAGAUGAUUCUUAUGCGCCUCUGUCUUCAGUCUUAAAUAAAAAUGAAAUUGCAGUGGUAGA